AACCUGGAGAAGCGUCUGACAACCAUGCAGUCUGAGAUGAAGCGAGCCACAACAAAGGCGACAAAGGCGGCAGAGGCCUCCGCAGCAGAACGCAUCGAGAAGUCUGAAGCGCGUGUCAAGCAGCUGCAGGGUGAACUCAACCAAAAGAACCAGCUGCUUGCUAGCCAAAACAGUCAACUCGAGGUACGUACAUUAUUAUAG